AGGCGGUGGGCGGCUGAAGGCUUGGAACGAGUACAAUAACACUCCAUGAACUCUUCACUAAUAGCUUGCUAAAUCCUAGCAACAUGGAUCUCGUGGCCUAUAUCGUCUCUGCUGCUCUCUUGGGCUAUGGCUGAGAUUGGUGCCUGACGGCCUUGGCAACUAGCGCAAGCGAGGGGCCGGCGCAAGAACGGAAAAGCUCCAUUUGCCAGCCUCGACUUUCGACGCGACUCUCACCACAAACAACAUCGCCGCUUUAUCGACAGAACCCUCUGCUCCUUGCCGGACACUGGGCGUUAUCAUUCCGAAAGUGCUCUGGACACUAACACUAUACUUCAGUGACACUGUAAUCUAAAUUCCGAAGAGCAUCCGCGAUGGCAGGUGGAAAGGGCAAAACCGGUGGCAAGACGGGUGGGAAGGCAGGAGGCGACACGACUGGCAAGUCGCAGAAGUCGCAUUCAGCGAAGGCUGGUCUGCAGUUCCCAUGCGGACGCGUCAAGCGUUUCCUCAAGUCCCAAACGCAAAACAAGAUGCGCGUAGGCGCCAAGGCAGCCGUCUACGUCACCGCCGUCCUCGAAUACCUGACCGCCGAAGUGCUAGAGCUUGCUGGCAACGCCGCGAAGGAUCUUAAGGUCAAGCGCAUCACCCCGCGUCAUCUGCAGCUCGCAAUCCGAGGUGAUGAGGAGCUCGACACGUUGAUUCGCGCCACAAUUGCAUUCGGUGGUGUGCUGCCGCAUAUCAACCGCGCGCUUUUGCUGAAGGUGGAGCAGAAGAAGGGCAAGAAGGCGGAGGCUUAGGAGGCUGAGGCGACGAUAAGAUAGGAGUGAUGGUAUACCCCGGGAAGGAGUCAAUUCGAAAGCUCGAGUUGGGAUGCAGCUGCCUUUGCAGACUGCGUGGCCGCGGUCACAUCUCACGAAGGCGACGUUCACGGC